AUGGUACUUACGUUUCUCAUUUGUUUAGAUUACAGACAGAAGUACAGAGACCAUGUAGCAAGAGAGUUCUGCAAUUUUAAAGAGGUGAGCGCUUGUCUGGGUGAGAACGUGACUCUAAGCAGCAGAUAUGCAAAGCUGAUGAUGGUUACAAAGACUCAGAACAGAACUGAACAAGAACAUGAGGUCCUGGGUCUCAGGCAGAGACAUGCAGAGGUCAGAAGGGAAGGUGCUAACCCUGCCAUCACUGUGGAAACUCUUUUUCAGCCUGAUAAAAGAGGGCAAAUACCACAGAUCAUUGUGCUGGUGGGAGCUGCAGGGACUAGAAAGACAAUGACAUCAAGAAAGAUCAUGUUAGACAGGGCAAAAGGAGCCCUUUAUGCACAAUUUGACUAUGCUUUCUACAUAAGCUGUAGAGAGAUCAACCUUUCUUUGCAAGAGGAUAUUCUGAGUCGGGGUGAUUUGAUGUCAGACUGCUGUCCUGAUCAAUGGGCACCACUUGGAGAGAUCCUGGCUAGUCCCCAGAAGCUCAUCAUUGAUGAGUUCAUCAAGUUCAUCAUUGAUGGCUUUGAUGAACUGAGGUUUUCCUUGGAUCAACCAAAAUGUAAAUUAUGCUCGAGUGCUGAGGAAAAGAAGCCCAUGGAAAUUACUCUGAGCAGUUUAUUGGAGAAGACUCUCCUUUCAGAGUCCCCCUUACUCAUCACAACAAGACCAACAGCUCUUCAAAGUCUGGGGCAGUGUUUAAAGAGGGAGUGUCUUGCAGAGAUACUGAGUUUUUCAGAAGCUGAGAGGAAGGAAUAUUUCAACAAGUUCUUAAUGGAUUAAGACAAAGCAAGAAAAGCCAUCAGUUUUGUCAAAAGAAAUUACGCUCUUUUUACCAUGUGCCUUGCACCCAUCAUGUGUUGAGCCAUCUGCACUGUCCUUGAAUGAGAACUUGAUGAAGGGAAUGAUCUUCCACAGACUUCUACAAUGAUCACAGAGCCAGGAUCACCUCAUGUCCACCUGGACUCUGAGCCGGCUGUGGCUCUGAGUGUUCUCAGACCCAUUCAGACACAGGCCCUCAAGGGCCAUCUCCUGUGGGGGUGGUGGCUCACCAGCCCCAGCUGCAGAGACCUGGCCGCCGCGCUCAGCACAAGCCGGAGCCUGAGGGAGCUCGACCUGCUGGAGGGUGGGAAAUGCUGGGGAGUGCAGCUGCUGUGCAAGGGGCUGAAGCAUCCAGCCUGCUGGAUGGAGAGACUGCAGUUGCAAUAUUGCCAGCUGACCAGGACUGGCUGUGGGGACCUGGCCACUGCAUUCAGCACCAGACUGAGUCUGCAGGACCUGGACCUCGGUGAUAAUGAUUUUGGAGACCCUGGACUGCAGCUGCUGUGUGAGGGGCUGAAGCAACCCACCUGCCGGCUGGAGAUCAUGGGCUCUGCCUGGAUGUUUGAGCCAUGUAGGGCACCGCCUGUGGCUCUAGAGUGCUUUGCCGAGUCAUGGUGCUGCCAGAUCACCAGUGCUGGCUCUGGGGACCUGGCUGCCAUGCUCAGCACCAGCCUGAGUCUGCAGGAGCUGGACAUGGGUGAUAACAACAUUGGAGAUGCUGGGGUGUGGCUGCUGUUCGAGGGGCUGAAGCAUCCCUCCUGCCGGCUGGAGAGACUGCAGUGAGGGACCUGGGGCUCCCUAGGGAUUUUCAUGUGCUGUUAA